AUGACCUCCACCAUAUCAGAACAACCCUACCAACACAUCCUCUCCCCAAUCCCCACAAAGCCCAAGUCCGACCUCGUUAACGACCCCACCGCCACUUUCUCAGCAGCAACCUUCUCCCAAGAAAUCUCCCGCGCCAUGCAAGCGUCGUCGUCUCAACUGCCAAAGUACGUCUCGUACUCCUACAUGGAGGAUGCAUUCGAUCAGCCGCCUCCACCGCCGCCAUCACCGGUGGGGUGGGCGAAAUCGUGA